GUCCGCGGACUCUACCACAAUCUACGUCCCUGAGAAACGAGUCAGACCGACCAACAUCAAGCAGCGAUGAAAGAAAAUCUUUUAAUAUUCCCUCUUAAAUAACCCUUACUUUACCCAAAUAAUACUGUAACGUAGCUGAAUAGUCCAGCUAACGCCCUAGUGAUGUCUGGGGAGCAUACUCCGAGUUUUAGCGACGAGGAUGAAGACGAAUUGGAUGCUUCUACUCAGCCGAAUGUCCCGGCGAGUCAAGGGUAUCUUUCCAAGUGGACGAAUUAUUUGCAUGGUUGGCAGGAGAGAUGGGUUGUUUUGAGAGAAGGGACUCUUUCUUAUUAUAAAUCGGAGUUUGAUACUGCUUUUGGUUGCCGUGGUUCCAUCAGUAUGGCUAAGGCGUCUAUUGAGCCUCAUGAGUUUGAUGAGUGUCGAUUUGAUGUCUCUGUCAAUGACUGCAUGUAUUACCUAAGAGCCGAAAGUGUUGAGGAGCGUCAGAAAUGGGUGGAUGCUUUAGAAGCUGUCAAGGCAGCAGAGUCUGGUUAUGGGUCUGAGACUAGCCUGAGGAAAGGUGGAUCCAUGCUCUCACUGUCAUCUGUCACCAGCCUGGGCACCACUUUGUCAACCUCAUCAUUUAAGAAGGGACGUGGUCUGCGAGAAAAGUUACUAGAACUGGAGACUUUCCGUGAUAUUGUGGGCCGGCAGAUAGACACCUUACAGAGCUACUUUGAUGCUUGUGCCAGCACUAGUGUAACCCAAGAUAUAAGAGACAGUAGCCAUGAUGAACUCUAUGGUAGCAAUGAAGGGUUGGAUCAUGAUGCUGAUGAUGAAAUGGAUGAGCUUUCUAAGACGCCCACACCUGCCUCUAUGGCUGAGCGACUGGGUAAUAAGAACCAUAAUGACAUGGCUACUCUUGCCAAGGGUAUUGACUUCCGUGGGGAGGCCAUCACAUUCAAGGCAACCACAGCAGGCAUCCUGGCCACUCUAGAACACUGCCUUGACCUUAUGGGCAAACGGGAGGACUAUUGGCAGAGGAGACUAGAGCGGGAAAUAGAAAAGCGAAAGAAGGCAGAAGCUUCAGUCAAGGAGUCAGUCGUCUCGGCCAAGAAACAUGCCUUCCUUGGAGGCCCUGACUUUGAGGAAGGACCCCACUGUGCUCUAAAUGAAGAAGAGUUCUAUGAUGCCAUGGAGAUGGAGCUUGAGCGUCAGAAUGAGCAAGCUGAGUGCAUGCACUCCCACGAUAGAACGGCAAGCCUUGCCAUGGAUAUCCCUGUACCACCCCCUACAGAAGAGGAACCUGAACAUAGAUUAACCAGUGAGGUUCGUGAAAAAGUCCAAGAAAACUUGAGUCUGAUUCGUGAGAAUGUUGAUGACAAUUGGUACUUGGUUCAUGAAGAUGGGGAUAUGAAGGUCUACCGACGAGAUUAUGAGGAGGGCGGGAUAAUCCUGGAUCCCAUGAAAGCAACACACAUUGUAAAGGGUGUAACUGCUCGUGAGAUGGCAAAUUAUUUCUUCGAUAAAGAUUUUCGUAUGGACUGGGAUGCAACUAUUGAUUACUUUAAAGUGUUGGAGACCUUGUCAAACAGCACUGUCAUCUUCCACCAAGUGAUGAAGCGCAUCUGGCCGUCCUCCCAGCGGGACUACCUGUUUGUCUCACAUAUUGGCAAUGUCACGCCAUCCGAGGAAGGCCAGCGGCUUGAGAACGAGGUUGGUUGUGCUUGGAUGGUCAAUAAUUGGUCGGUCGAACACCCAGACGCCCCGUCGAAUAAGUUCGUGCGUGUUACCGCCUCGAUCGCAUUUUUCUGCCAAACGAUUAUAAAGCCUCGAGCGGAGGGUGAGGAGUUAAGCAGAGACCAUAUCUCGUGCAAGAUUACCUACAGUGCAAACGUUAACCCUGGCGGGUGGGCGCCGCCGUCUGUUGUACGGGCGCUCUCCAAGCGUGAAUACCCCAAAUUUCUCAGAAAGAUAUCCUCGCUUUGUCAAGUGGCUUAUGAAGGCAAAGAGGUGACACUGUAGCUGUAAAUAUCACAAAGUGAAUAGAUGGUUACGAAAGUCUUGGUUCAGGAAAUGUGUUUAGGCCGGUUGAAGCUUAAGGAUAAGCUCGCUAUAUAUUCUGAGGCCCCCCACCGCGGGGCCUCAGAAGAGAUUAAUUGAUUAAUGCGGAAAAGAUGGCACCAAGCUUUAACAUCCUUGGUAAAUGAAUUUCAAUUUAGUAAAUAAGUCAUUUAAGUUUGUUUUUAUUAAGGAAACAAUAACGGCUGACUAGGCCUGUUUAACACGUAUCCCAAGCGAACAGUUGUUAACGACUCUGUACGCACUUAGUUCAUGACAAUACAAUUAACGCUUGCUACGCAGAUUGUAUCCCGUGCUACCCCGACCACAUCUUAUAAACGCUUGUACAAAAUGUAUUUUUAUCUUAAAAAGUGUUUUGGUCCACUUUACUGUGAUGUCAGGCGUUGUGUCAUUUUUUUUGUUAUCAUAAUUAUAAAUUGUAAGAACGCUUUUACAAAUAUAGCAUGUUACAAACCGACGAUACCAGAUAUAUAAAAAAAAACACGCUAUCAGAGAUAUCAAAUAACCCACCAUACCAGAUAUAUAAAAUAACCCACCAUACCUGAUCGGGACUCCUCAGUGUAUGCUGUUCGUCUGUACUCAAUGAGCUCCAGACUCCCCAUACUUUGAAGCACAUUCAACUUUCGUGUAAUCGCACCUAAACCCCCAUCCCAAAGAAUAGUAAUAUAUAAAGGAGUCUCGCUUAUUUUGUUUUGAAUUGUUAAGUUUGUACAUGAUUUGCAAUGAUCUCUUCUCUCUUGUAAAUACUUGCAAAAUUCGAAUUUUCGCAUAUUUUCCAACCAUGAAAAUCUAGUGUAUAUAUAUGAACGGUAUUUUUCAAAAAAGAAGGCGACAGAAAAAUUAUGUCAUACCAGAAGCUCAAUUGCUUGACAAUUGUUUGAAUUAUUUGAAUAAAAUGUUGAUUGAUUGCUUAAA